AUUCGGCCCAUGGACACAUCAAAGCCUAAACUCUCCGAAUAAUUCCUCAUAACCGAAACGCUCACGCUCCAACCAAGCUCUCCUUUUAACUGCCCGAAAUCCAAAGAGAGUGAAACCAUUUCCUUGUUCGUAGAUAACAGGCAAUAACAAUGUCAACAUUUGCCAACCCAGGCGAACAAAACGAGUCCACUCGCAUGUUUGAUGAAGAUGAUUCCUACGUAGGCUACGAUUCGCAGCCAUUCGAUGACUCAUUCGCCGCCGGCAAUGAUGUUUUCGAGUCUCAGCUACCGAUCUACGGCGAGUUCUCUCCUCUUGAAAACGGAGGGUCUGGUGGACCGGAGGGUCCUAUUUUUCCUCCACCGUCGGAGAAGGACGCUGAGCAGGGAUUUGCUCUCAGAGAAUGGAGAAGGCAAAACGCCAUACUGUUGGAGGAUAAGGAGAAGAGGGAAAAGGAGGCACUGAGCCAAAUAAUCAAGGAAGCUGAAGAUUAUAAAGUUGAAUCUUACAAGAAGAGGGAGAUCGCUUGCGAGAAUAAUAAAAUCACUAACAGGGAAAAAGAGAAGUUAUUUCUGGUCAACCGAGAAAAAUUCCAUGCUGAAGUUGAUAAGAAUUACUGGAAGUCAAUUGCAGAGCUCAUUCCUAAUGAAGUUGCAGCUAUAGAGAAGAGGACAGGGAAGAAAGAUCUGGAGAAGAAGCCUGCUAUUGUUGUGAUUCAAGGCCCCAAGUCUGGGAAACCAACUGAACUCUCAAGGAUGCGGCAAAUACUCUUGAAAUUGAAGCACAGUGCACCUCCUCACCUGAAGUAUUCCCCAGCAGAAGCAGCCACUUCUAUUGAUGCUACAGUGGCAACCACAUCCCUCAAGGCUAAUACUGUGGUGACGGCUCCUGAGACUGUAGCUGUUGCUUGAUAAUUUUGUUUUUGCAUUCUUUGUCCACAUGUAUUGAAAGAAGUUGAAGAGCUCAUUAGAAUUUGGUUGGUUUAACUAUAACCGUUUUAAAUAUGGUUCACAGGCUUAUUACACUGCUGUUUUUUUGUCUUCAAUGUGUACAAAACUAGGCCAUUCAAGCAGGUUUAUAACUAGAUAAAUUGCUUGUCAAA